AUGGACGCUGACUGGGACGAGGUCUCGCGCGUCGCCUUUCCGCCGCCUGGCGCGAACGAAUUCCCUCGACCAGUUUCGACCCUCGCGUUCGAUACGAGCCAGGAGCUCCUCUGGACUGGCAAUGACAGGGGCCGAGUCGCGUCCUUCUAUGGGACCGAACUUCAACGUUACACAUCGUUCAGAGCACACCCUCCCUCCGAUGGCCCCGUCCGCCAGCUGCUUUUCCACGACAAGGGCGUCAUCGCCCUGGGGCCCCGGAGCAUCCAUAUGGCCCUGCGAAGGGGUCCCAAAUUGUGGAAUAUUCGACACGAGGCCAUGAGAGAUUUGUACUGUAUGAGUUUCACGUCCAAGGGAGCCUCGGAGAUCCUAGUAGCCGGUUGGCAGGACACCAUGUUUGUCGUCGACGUCAAUAAGGGGGAGAUCGUGAAGCAGGUUGCGACCGAGCAUCAUUACACCAUAAUGAAGAAGAGCCGGUAUAUCUGUGCCGCAACCAAGACCGGCCAUGUCGACAUGUUGGACCCCCUGUCCUUCCGAGUUGUCAAGACCUGGCAUGCGCAUGUGGCCUACAUCAACGACAUGGAUGCCCAGAAUGAUUUCAUCGUCACCUGCGGCGGAUCCCAUAAACAGCAGGCUGCCCAGACAUACAUGCUCGACCCGUAUGUCAAUGUCUUCGAUCUUAAGAACAUGACCUCGAUGAGCCCGAUUCCCUUUCCGCCCCUAGCCGCCUACGUUCGCAUGCACCCGAGGAUGUUGACGACAAGCAUUGUCGUCUCUCAGCAAGGGCAGAUGCACGUUGUCGACAUCAUGAAUCCCAACACCAGCAAUGUUCGUUAUGCAAAUGUCUUGUCGUUCCUGAAUAUGGUAGAUAUAGCGCCGUCCGGAGAAGCCCUCGUCAUGGCCGACUCGGAGUGUAACAUUCAUCUGUGGGGGUCCCCGUCCAAGAUCCAUUUUGCCGAAUAUGCGACCCCCGUCGAGUUCGCGGAUACCGAAGAGCCAACCACUCAUGUCGACUGGUCCCCGGAUACGCCCUUAAACUCUGUCGGUAUGCCUUACUACCGAGAAGUCUUGCUCUCGGCUUGGCCGUCCCAUCUCCUUUCCGACGUUGGCGCCCCCGCCGUGAAGUACGACCCAGCUUUUCUGGCGAAUCUCAAGCAGACCGAGUGGGGUCUUUAUGGGCGCAACGCCCGUGGCUUACGCCGGAAUCAGGUCGAGAAUACUCGCUCCCUGAGUCGGUCUGCCAAUUCCAUGCAAGCGCCGAAGUUCCUGAGCGAGAAGGCUCGCGAAUCAGUGAAGUCUUCGGGGUGGAACCGACCCCCAGAGACCACAGCCGAACAGGCUCCAGAACCGUCAUCCAACCGGGAACUAGAGAGUCUGAAGCCGGACCCUCCGCCCAUGUACACGAACGUUGAGAUCAAAUACAGCAAAUUCGGCGUUGACGAUUUCGACUUUGGAUUUUACAACAGGACCCGAUUUGCGGGUCUUGAAAACCACAUAGCGAAUUCGUAUGCCAAUUCGCUUUUGCAGGUGAUGAAUUAUACCCCCCUAUUGCGAAAUCUGGCUCUCCAGCAUACUGCCACUCCCUGUCUAAGCGACCCUUGCUUGCUGUGCGAACUGGGCUUCGUCUUCGAUAUGCUGCAGAAGGCCGAGGGUUCGACAUGCCAGGCGACGAACAUGCUGAAGGCGUUGAGUAACCAUCCUCAAGCGGCACCCCUCGGGCUUGUCGAGGAAGAUGCCCGCGGCCCAUCCCUGCCCAUCAUGGUACAGGGAUUAACCAGAUUCCUCCUCGACAGGAUAUCGCAUGAAUAUCGAAGCAUUGCCCCCGCUUCAACAACCUUGGAACAGGCGCUGUUCGGCCUGUCACCCCCCCUCAACCUGGACGACCUACUCUCCAGGGUUCUUGCGACCUCUGCGGACACCUCCAUCAGAUGUAUGAACUGUAGGAGCGAGACGACCAGGCCGGGAUCAACCUUCGUCAACGAUUUGAUAUAUCCCAUACAGAAGCCUCCGAUUAGGUCCGGCAGAGCCACUAGAACGACCUUCUCGCAGGUGCUCAAGCUGAGCGUCGAGCGAGAGACGACAUCCAAGGGUUGGUGCAGCAGAUGCCAGCGGUAUCAACCUCUGCAGACCCGAAGGACCAUCCACAACAUCCCUGCGGUCCUUACACUUAACGCGGCGAUAACAAGCCCCGACCAUCGGAGGCUAUGGGCAACUCCUGGGUGGCUUCCUGAGGAGAUCGGAAUCAUCGUCGAUCAGGGCCAAUUCUUUUGUUAUGAGGGAGAGGAUUUGAAGCUCCAUCUUCAGCGCGGCAUCCACCAUAUCACCGUCUAUUCGCUCGUGGGUUUGGUCGUCAACGUCGAGUGUGAUCAGCCUCCGAAGUCGCAUCUAGUAGGCAUGAUAAACAUCUCGCAUGCGGAAGCGACGGCUCCGAGCGAUAGUCAGUGGCAUCUGUUCAACGACUUCUCUGUGCGGCCGGUAUCGACGGUCGAGGCAUUGACCUUCAAUGCUGCAUGGAAAAUGCCAUCGGUCAUGGUAUACCAGUUGAAGGCCGCGAAUAACAAGCUCAGCAGCGAGUGGAAGGAGAGGCUUGACACGUCGAUACUAUUCACGGAUCUCAGGCCCCCGUCAGCGGACAAGACGUACCGUGUCCUCGACUCGUCCGAGCGGCCGGGGGCCGGCACCAUUGUUGCUCUCGACACUGAAUUCGUGUCUCUAAAACAGCCAGAGAUCCAGAUGAACUCGGACGGGGAGAGAGAAACAAUCCGUCCCAUGUCUCACGCAUUAGCCAGAGUCUCGGUCGUUCGCGGAGCAGGGGAGAACGAAGGACUUCCCUUUAUCGAUGACUACAUUGCCAUCAAGGAACCGAUCGUCGACUACUUGACCUUCUACUCUGGUAUUACCCCUGGUGACCUGGAUCCCCGCACGACCAGGCACAACCUCAUUCCCCUGAAGGCUGCGUACAAGAAGCUUUGGGUGUUGUUGAACCUGGGCUGCAAGUUUCUAGGCCACGGCCUGAAACAGGAUUUCCGAGUUAUCAAUAUCCAAGUUCCAAGGGCGCAGAUCAUCGACACAAUCGAGCUCUUCUAUCUAAAGAGCCGCCUCCGCAAGCUGUCGCUGGCAUUCUUGGCUUGGUACCUGCUGAAAGAGGACAUCCAGACGGAGGGGCAUGACUCGAUCGAGGACGCAGGGACGGCCCUCAAGCUCUACCGCCGGUAUCUGGAGUUUGAAGAUGCCGGUAUACUGGAACCAAGGCUGGUAGAGAUCUACCGGGUAGGAAGAGAGAUGAACUUCAAGCCACCAAGGAAGGAUGAUCAAGCUGUCCAGCGGAUGGACACGCCUCCAAUAACCAUAGAUGGAGGCCCGGGUCCCAUAACACCUUCCCGUAGGGUGGCAGGUUCUGGGCAAGUGCCGGGGACCGUGUUUGGAGCCGCCGUGGCUUGGACUCCAGGGAAAGGGUCACCCAUGCGGGAGUGA